AUGCCUGCCUUCUCCCGGGGCGUGGACGCCCUCUUCCGCCAGCAGACUUUCCGCCUCCCCUCCUCGCUCCGCGCCGCCCUCUUCGGGACACGAGCGUCCUUCUUUCAGCCCACGUCGGCACCGCGCAACGCCCGGUCCUUUGCCUCGUCCAUUCUCCGCCGCUACCAGUACUCGUACAAGAGCAACAUUGGAGGCUCCAAGUCGAGUUUCGUGAGCAAAGACCCCGUCUUGCGCCAGAUCGCCCAGACCCGGCAGCCCGUCUUGAUCUACCAGGCCCCAAGGAACAAAUGGUACUAUGCCAAGGUCUACGGGACGGGCGCGCUGUGGAUCGGCGUAGGCGCCUAUUCCAUGAAAUUCAACGACGACAUCAAGGAUAGGGAUAUCCCCUUCUUUGUGCGACCGACAUAUGUUGUUGUCGGGGCGGCCUUUAUCGCGAUCGGGUGUUAUAUUUGCACGGCGCCUACCAAUCGCAUGAGGGCACUGGAAGUCAUACCCAGUCUGCAGGGCGGGGCCGUACAAUUGCGCAUGACGGUGCGAGCAGCGCCAUGGUCCAAAGAGCGCAUCAUAUACUCGCAGCUUGGGGAAGCCACCAUCAGUGAAAAGACGGAGCCUAUGGUCCAGGAGCUGCUGGAGGCCGAGCGUUUCCGCCGCCAGAAGUUGUGGGACGACCUGGGCCACAUGAACAUUGCGGCGCGACUGUGGGAAGGCUCCGCGCGCUGGGUGUACCAGAAAUGGACCAACUUCUUCCUGCGAUUCAAAUUCGCAGUGCUGAGAUUUGGCAUCGCAAAGGUCAAGGUCCAGGGGCAAGAUUGGAAAAUUGACUGCUCGGGGUGGUUGUUGGAGAACGGCAGAGCUGUCGACAGACUUAUCGCUGUAGAGUAA